UUCACAACUCUAAAUUCCAAUCUUUCUUAUUAUUAAAAAAACAUUUCCAUUCUCUUUUACUCAUUCAAAGAGACUAUGGCUCGCUCCGUUUGCUUCAUGGCAUUUCUUGUCUUGGCAAUGAUGCUCUUUGUUGCCUAUGAGGUGCAAGCUCAGCAAAUUUGCAAAUCAGUAAGCCAAAAAUUCAAAGGAAUAUGUAUUACCAACUAUCCAUGUAGAAAAGUUUGUCUCACUGAGGGGUUUACAGAUGGUCAUUGUAGCAAACUCCAAAGAAGGUGCCUAUGCACAAAGCUUUGUAGCAGUAGCACUAAGAAUAUUUGUGCACUUAAGAAAGUUUCAAAUGAAGUUAAAACAAGUUUGGAUGAGGAAGCAAAAACUCUAAGUGAAGAUGUGCUUGAGGAAGAGAUUAUGAUGGAGUAAUUAAGUGAGAUUAAGGAUUUGAGUGUCAAAAACAAAAUAAAUAAAGUGUUGCCUUUUCAUAAAAAGGGUAGCUUAUAUUGUUGUGUUAUUGGCCUUUAGUAGCCAUUUAACACAUUAAAUAAGUUGUGACACUUCAUUAAUCCUUUUGGAAUCUUGAAUCAAGUUUAUGUAUGUUUUAAUAAAAAUUGAUCGACUACGAUCUUUAACUUAAUGUAUGAAAUCUAUAUUUCGUUUGUUUGA